UGCUUCUGCCCCUACAAGGUUUGGGACGCAGUGGGGGAGGGUCUUGGCCCCCGGCUCCGCCCGGUCCCUCCCCGCCUUUUAGGCGCCCGCGCGGCAGGGACAUCCCAGUCCCGCUUGGUGCUCCUCGCCCGCCACCCGUGCGCCCAGUCCGCGAGGCCAGCCCAGUUCUCCCGGUCCGCACUGCCCGCCGGCCGGCCCGUCCCCCACCGCAACCAUGGACGCCAUCAAGAAGAAGAUGCAGAUGUUAAAACUGGACAAGGAGAAUGCCAUCGACCGCGCAGAGCAGGCCGAGGCCGACAAGAAGCAAGCUGAGGACCGCUGCAAGCAGCUGGAAGAGGAGCAGCAGGCCCUCCAGAAAAAGCUCAAAGGGACGGAGGACGAGGUGGAAAAGUAUUCUGAGUCAGUGAAGGAUGCCCAGGAGAAGCUGGAGCAGGCUGAGAAGAAAGCCACUGACGCUGAGGCAGAUGUGGCCUCCCUGAACCGCCGCAUCCAGCUGGUAGAAGAGGAGCUGGACCGGGCGCAGGAGCGUCUGGCCACAGCCCUGCAGAAGCUGGAGGAGGCUGAGAAGGCAGCUGAUGAGAGCGAGAGAGGAAUGAAGGUCAUCGAAAACCGAGCUAUGAAGGAUGAGGAGAAGAUGGAGCUGCAGGAGAUGCAGCUGAAGGAGGCCAAGCACAUCGCCGAGGAUUCGGACCGCAAAUAUGAGGAGGUGGCCAGGAAGCUGGUGAUCCUGGAAGGAGAGCUGGAGCGCUCUGAAGAGAGAGCUGAGGUGGCUGAGAGCCGAGCCAGGCAGCUGGAGGAGGAGCUUCGAACCAUGGAUCAGGCCCUCAAGUCCCUGAUGGCCUCAGAGGAGGAGUAUUCCACCAAAGAAGAUAAAUAUGAAGAGGAGAUCAAACUGCUGGAGGAGAAGCUAAAGGAGGCUGAGACCCGAGCAGAGUUUGCCGAAAGGUCGGUGGCCAAGUUGGAGAAAACCAUCGAUGACCUGGAAGAUGAAGUCUAUGCACAGAAGAUGAAGUACAAGGCCAUCAGUGAGGAGCUGGACAACGCGCUCAAUGACAUCACCUCCCUCUGAGCCUCUCACCAGUGCGGCCCGCGGCCCCCUCUCUCUUCUCCUUUCCAUUCUCUCUCUGGGAAGCAGGGCCAGCAGGAGGAGCAGAAAUUGCCAACACUGCACAGCCAGGCUGGGUGCAGCCUAGGAGAGCCCCCGCCACAUCCGCUGCCCAUCCUGGCACUUGCUUCAUCCUUCUAUAUCCGUCCACUCCUCCCUCUCCCCGCCGGCCUCCACCACUCUCUGCUGCUUAAUAAACUCCAUUUGGUCUCCACGCUGUUUUCCUGCCCUCUAAAGAGCACUGGUUCACUGCUGAGACCCUGGCUCCUAUGGGCACCCCUAAUCUUGUGACUCCCUCCCACACUGAGCUCACCCACAAAACACUGAGGCCCACCCCAGAACCCCCUCUGCAUGAGUCUCACUGCUGCAUGUGGGCACGUAUGACUGUGUCAGUCACUGCGGGCCCUCUGGUGCCUCUGAGAUACACGCCCUUCUGCAAACCCAGGCAUGUCACUGCCCUUGGAGUGCUCAGCUGAGAUUCCAGGAUAUAAAGGAAUGGCUGGAAGGGGAAUGGGCUGCUGAGGUGCAAGGGAGGGGUGCAAGGUUGUGAAGGGUCCGGGAUGACGUCUGGAAUGACGCUGGAUGCCAGCAACGUGGGGGCUUUUCGCUGCAGGUCUGUUUUCUGCCUCGAGUUUGUCUAUCUGUCGGACACUCCCUUUCCUGACUCAGUCUUUGUCUUUCCUCCUGUUUCCAACUCUCUUGAACCUUCUAAAAAAGGAGGGUAAAUUAGUUUAUGACUCGGGCCUUCCCAUUUCACCUCCAUGGCCCCGAAGCCUUGAGUGAGGCAUCCCUGUCUUGGUCAGUCCGUCUCUCUGUCCCACCCAAGGGGUCCUCAGAUCCCUAAAUGUUUGUGUUUGUCUGCCUCCAACCCACUCCGUGUCUGUUCGUCACACCCCCUGUCCAUGCCUCCCCACCCCACCCCUGCUCACGGGUUGCUUCCCCUCGCAGAGACCUUGGCCAGUGCCAAGGAGGAGAACGUGGAGAUCCACCAGACCCUCGACCAGACACUGCUGGAGCUCAACAACCUCUGAGGGCUGGCCCUGCCCCAGCCAGGCUAGCUGCCACCCCACCAAUAAAUGGAUGUCACCAGCA